ACGUGGAUUAUUUCAUCCAGCUAACUUUAACAGUACUGUGUGCGGAGUGUGUGUUCGUCAUGGACGACGGCAGCAAGCUGCAGCCGACGGCAACAAGGUUCCGGUGGCUGAACCUUGCGCGCUGCACGCUGGCCUCCGUGGUCACCGUCCUCGCCGUCGUCGUCAUCGCCCGCGCCGUCGUCGUGCUACUCCGCCCGGAGAAGCUCCGGCUAAGCGUCGCCGGCGGCCGCGUGUCCGUCAGCAGGAUGCCGGCGAUGAAGCCGCUGCCCCGCGUGAACAUGAGCUUCGUCCUCAGGGCCUUCAACCCCAGCGGCCGCGCCUCCAUCGAGUACACGGGCAUCACCGUCGCGCUCCGGGCCAUCGACGACGGCGACGCCGCCUCGCCGGCGGCGGCGGCGCCGAUCAUCGCGCAGUUCCCGUUCCCGGACGUGCCCGUGGCGCAGCAGGUGGCGCACGAGGCGGCGGCGAGGGUGUCGCUGGCGGCGGCGGAGGACGUGCCUCUCCGGUACGUGAAGGCGCUGUUCGACGGCCGUGGCAUCAGCGCGGCGAUACAGGUGGACGGCUUCCUCACCACCCGCAUGGAGAUCGACGGGAGGAUCAGCAGGAGCAACGGCGGCGUCGCCACCACGUUCUACUGCCUGCCGGUGACCAUCGCCGUCGGCGACGGCGACGACGAUGAGUCCCGUACCAGGGACACGUGGUGCCUAGACAAGUCUGACGUACCAGCUUUCGUUGGAUAGACCGACGGAUCUACUCCCUCCGUCAAAAAAAAAAAAUCUAAUCUAAUAUUAGAUGUGAUGUUUUCUAUAACAACAAAUUUGGAUAGAAGUAUGCUCAGAUUCUUCUAUUAGAAAAUGUUCCAUCCAAUACCAGGUUGAGUUUUUUUAGGACGGAGGAAGUAUGUAUUACUACAUGCUUUUUUUAAUGAAAGUAUUACUACAUGCUUGAUGAUAAUGUUUAAUUAUAGUAUUAGCUAGUACUAGUACUAUAUACUCCCUAUCCGUUUUAUGAUAAUGUUAAGUUAUAUUAGCCA